AAGUGCAGAACGUGCAGAGGUACAAGAAUACAGCUACACUUUAGCUCAGCCCUGAACCGAUCUCGUCGCAUGCGCAAUCAUCUCCGGUUGAUGCCACGAAGGCGUAUAACUGGCGUAUAUGAAUUUGACGUGCCUGCUCGAUGACUGUUGUCCACGUGACCAUCAGCACGUAUAUAGGUACAUACAUACAUGUUUACAUAUAUACCCUUUCCUACCCAAACAAUGUGAAACGUAUGUUGACGAAUGCUCCCGUUUGACUGGUGAGAGAGAUUUCAUCUUUGGACUCGUUCGCAAGAAUCUGUCUCUUUUACAGAUAAUAAGCUUGGAGAUGGCAACGUCCGAGAGCGACGCCGAUUUCGAGAGUGCCGACGAGGAAAUGGGCCGCGGCGCGUCCACCAGAAGGGACAAUCGGGCGGUCUACUGGCCGUCGCCAUCGACAGUGGAUUCCGAGUCGGACGACGACACGGAAUACGUCCAGCGUACGCCGUACAGACAGUCAGACUGGCAGAGCAGACCCGAGCCUUUCAUAACGGCUGCAUCACCAGAUGUGGCAAGGGGUCGAGGGACCUCUGCGAUUAGUGAUAAGCAUGAUGAUAAGAUUGAUAGUGAUGUCAAAGUUGAACGCGAUGUACGCGCCGUGAAGUCAGUCGAUUGUGCCGAAAAGUCUUCUAGCAGCCAAAAAGAUAGCUCUUCUCCGGUCGAAUCAGCGAAAUUACCCUUGCCAACGUCUACGGCAUCGUCAAAGGAUGAGAGUACAGAAUCUGUGGUAGGUAGUAGCGAGAGUGUGAAGCCGAAUGAUGCCGUGUCUAGGGUAGCAGCAGCAAAACCUACAAAAAGCCUCCGAUCUAAGCAACGAGACUCGCCCCACCAAUUGGGUGCAAAGAAAUUAGGAAGUAAAAUUAGAAAAGAUAACGUCGGUGAAUCUCGCGUCAGAGAUAGUGUAGGCAUAGAACAGACGGAUGAGUGUUUAGCUCCGAGUUUACAUAAGGAACUGUUAGAAUCUGCGAAGAAGGACAUGGAAUGUAGAUCGCAGGAAAAGUCUAAGAAUAAGUUAGCAGAUAAGCAAUCCGAAUCAUCUCCGACGAAAGAUUUGUCGGAGAUGGACAUGCCAGAAGAGUUGAAAUCAGAUAAGAAAUUUAAAGAAAUCUUUCAGCCGGAAGGUUGGGAGGGACUUGGAAGUGACAUUGAAUUGCCUGACGAGUUGACGGAAGAAAAAUUGCAGACUGUAAUGGAACGGCUCUCUUUGACGAAUAAAGAACCGGAGGGCUCUUUAGGAAGCUGGGGCAGUUGGGGUAACUGGGGUGUAACUUCGAUAAUUAACACCGCUACCGCGAGUGUAUCUACCCUGACUAGUCACGUGUCUCAAGGACUUAUGCUUUUAGAAGGUACAAUGGGAUUACAGGAUCCUGAGGAAGAACCAAUAACAACAGAGCAGGACGAAGCUGUCACACCUGAUGAUGGUGGAGACUCAAAACCAAUUCAGGAGCAAGACAAUCAAUCGUACAAUACGUUUGGAUUCGGGAAUUUGAUGUCAGGAGUAUCCUCGAUCACAAAAUUGGUCGAAUCCACCAGUAACAAAGUCAUGACAGGCGGUUUAGAUACAUUAGAAGCUAUCGGGAAAAAAACAAUGGAGGUGUUGCAAGAGGGUGAUCCCGGGUUAAAGAAGAAAAGAGCCUUCUUUAUGAACGAGCCCGAGAAACCCAUUUUAUCGCAGAUUCUUAGGGAAGCAAAAGAGAAAGCCGAAGCCGAGGAGAAAACAAUGGAGGAGCGCGAAUUAGCGAGGAAGAUACAUUUCGAGAGCCUGUUUGACGAUUAUCAAGGUCUAGUCCAUUUGGAGGCUUUAGAAAUGUUAUCGAAACAGUGUAAUAUGAAAAUUCAGCAACAUUUAAUCGCACUGGACGCAAAUGAAUUUACUUCCGUGCAAGAAACGUUGGACGAGAUCAAAGAACUGUGCGACUUGGGCGAUGAAGAGGAGAAAGGAAGCGAUAAAAAUUUUAAGGAUAGAUUAAUGGAACCUUGUCACGAUCUCGGCGUUGAUAUUACAUACGAGAAGCUAAAUGAUGUUUGGACUGAGAUAGAAACUUAUCUCGCGACAACGCACACGGAUCAGGAAAUCUUCCAGAAAGCUAUAUCGACAUUAGCACAAUUCACGGCGCUUUCCGUAGAGAGGUUCCAUAAGACGGCAGAAUUGUUGUUGAUCAAGGAACGACGCAGUACGGUUAACGAAGCCGAUGCAUUGGUGCAACUUACCAAUAUUCUGUCCGAUCAGAUCAACUCGUUGGCCAGCUCGUUCUGCAACACGCUGAAUAAACUUGCCGAGACCGCGGAGAAGCCGGACAACAUUAACGCGAAUAUAACAACGAUCUUUUUAGAAGCUGCUAACGCAAAUUCGUAUGUUCAAGAUGCUUUUAGACUCCUCAUUUCUAUUUUGCAAGUUGGAGCUAUUUGAAGUCUUAAAAUGUUACACGAAGUAUAAUGAAACUUUUUAUAUGCUUUAUAUUUAAAACGAUAUCGUCUCUAGAUUAAAUAUAAUUUUCGGCAUACAUAUAUAGGCAUGGAUUAUAGUGUUACUAUUUCUCUGUAUCACAACUAAUUUACCUUCUCUUGUUCAAGACUUAUUCUCGAAAACGGGACCAACUUGUUAACUCAGAGUAUAUUAACGUAUUUUAUCAUUAUCGAUUUUUUCAUAUUUAUAUAUAUAUAAUUUGCAAUUUAUAUAUGUAUAUAAUUUGAUUAUAAUUUGCAUUAUAAUCAAAAUACAUGUAAAACAGUAUCUCUGGUUCCACUACAGAUUUUCAGAGUGUUAUCUUAAUAUAUCUGUCCAUAAAAUGCAAUUGUUAUAUUCUCAAAUAAUAUAAAUCUGUAAAUAUUUAAUGUGACGAUAUAAUAUAUGUAUAAUAAAUAAUAUCAAAUGUUGAGUAUCUGCGUAAAAAUAAAAUCUAUAAGUUUCAAUAAAGACUGUAUCGCGUAUACUUAUGACAUACAUACGUGAAAAAAAAACAGAUGAGAAGGAACAAAACAUGAGAGA